ACCUCUGCAACUGGCAUGAAAGCCAGGAGUUGGGCUUCCAGAAGGCAGCUGGGUUCACCUAGGGUCACCUGGCUGGCGCUCAUCUCUCUGCUCAGCGGCCUGCUCGCCUCCAGCCAGGCCAAGGUCUUCAGUCGCUGUGAGCUGGCCAAGGAGCUCAACAGACUGGGUCUGAACGGCUUCCGGGGAUACGAACUGGCUGACUGGGUCUGCCUUGCUUACUUCACAAGUGGCUUCAACACAGCUGCUGUGGAUCAUGAGGCGGACGGAAGCACCAACAAUGGCCUUUUCCAGAUCAAUAGCCGGAAGUGGUGCAGAAACCUUGCACCAGAUUCCAGCAACUUGUGCAGGAUGUACUGCUCUGACUUAUUGAUCCCUGACCUCAAGAACACUAUUGUCUGUGUUAUGAAGAUAGUUUCAGGGCCCAAGGGUCUGGGCUACUGGGAGGCCUGGAGGCAUCACUGCCAGGGCAAGGACCUCAGGGACUGGGUGGAUGGCUGUGAAUUGUAGGUCCUUCUCUGGAUGGACCAGGCCACGCACUGGGAAACGAGGUUGGG